CUACAAAGCAUGGCAUCGAGUGCACGUGGAAUCUGUCACCCUCCCCUCUGCCAACCGCAACCCAUUACAGCCACCACUACCCACCCAUCCCCACCGCCACUCACCAACUAAAAACGAAUCAAAAUUAAACCCCUACCUGAAGCUACAAAAUCACCCUAAAACCCUCCACAAAAACCAUCGGACCUUCGUACUACAUACAGACAGGAACGAAAAUGGAAGACUCGAGAUCGAAAUCAUUCAGCGAUUCCAAGGCGCAGGUGGCAGAUUCGUUCGGCUUCUCAAACCCUAACUCUGCCGGCCAUCAGGAUCUCAGGUGCUACAGUGCUUCGUAUGCCACCGCAUCUUCGAACAGCAACGGCGGCAGUACUGCCCCGACGAAGUCGGGAUCGGGAGAUGGGAAUCUGAAGAAGGGGAAGUCAAUGAAUGGAUGGGUGUUCGGCGACCCUGAGCUGCAGAGGAAGAAGAGGGUGGCUAGCUAUAAGGCUUAUACUGUUGAGGGGAAGCUGAAGGGGUCAUUGCGGAAGAGCUUUAGGUGGAUUAAGGAGAGGUAUGCUCAGGUAGUGUAUGGCAGGAGGUGAGAUUAGAUCAAAUCAGAUUUUAACUUUCUUCCUACUUUUCCUGAAUACUGCAUCUUUUCUCUUCUUUUUUCCAUGUUUGAUUGUUGUUUUUAGAGUGUCUUAGAUAUUGUUAAUAUGUAUUCACAGCCUUGCAUAAGAAUUAAGAAAUGGUAUGGAAUAUGGAUGCUGAUUUAGCUUUCCUGAUUAGAUGUAAUCUAGAGUAUCAUUUAAUUAAUUGUUCUCUAUUGAUAACAAUUACUCUGCUCUAAAUCUUCAAUAAUGGUUCUGUGUAUAUACAUCAAUAAGAAAUUAAUAUCC